AUGGCAGAAAAAGGUCGGAGAAAAGUCGGAGGUAUCGUGGAAAAAAGUUGGAGUAAAUUGCAGAAUCCAGCUACUGGUGAAUUUACAAAUACACCACUUGCUGUUAUAAAUGUCAAGCCAGGAGCUAGAUAUCGUUUCCGUAUGAUUAACACGCAAUUAGUUGAGGGAGGAAUUGAUAAAAUGAUGAAAUUAAUUCUUUUUUCUACCUUGAUAAUACUAGCUGCGGGUCAAUUAUUGCCAUCAGUUCAAAGAACGUUUAAGUCAUACAGUAAAAGCCAAUCAAAAUGGAUAACACAUCCAUACUAUUUAAAAAAUAAACGUAAGAUUGAAUUACCUUUGGAAGAUAAUAGUCAAGAAAAGCUUAAAGUUGGCCAGACAGUCGAUGAUUGGGGAAGAGUUGCAGGUCCAGAAGAGUGUGCUCGUGAAUGUGUUGCUGGGGCACCACCGAAAUUAUGUUAUUACCACUGGACUGUUCAGUAUUAUAACACAAAUAACGGAGCAUGUGAUUUAUGUGUACCAAAAACAAAUUCAUCAAUUACAAGUGAUUGCCAAUGUGUUUAUGGUGAUGGCUAUAAUAUUUCUGGAAUAUUAACUGUCAAUAGAAUGUUUCCUGGACCAUCAAUACAAGUUUGCCUUGGUGAUUUAGUUGUUGUUGAUGUUAAAAAUAUGGCUGAUGGUCAUGAUAUGACAAUUCAUUGGCAUGGCAUUUAUCAAAAAAAUUAUCAGCAUUAUGAUGGUGCACCAUUUAUAACACAGUGUCCAAUUCAAAGUGGUACAACAUUUAGAUACAAAUGGAGAGCUCAAAAUAUUGGAACUCACUGGUGGCAUUCACAUACUGGUCUUCAACAAGCUAAAAUGCUUGAAGGUGCUAUUGUUAUACGACAACCUAAAGAAGACGAUAAUAAUUAUGAAUUAUAUGACCGAGAUGAUUCUGAUAAUAUUAUCAUUCUGAAUGAUUGGUUUCAUUCGCUGCCUGACGAACAUUUUCCAGGCCCAGCUGGUGGACAUAAUUUUGGACAAAUACCAGAAAAUAUUCUUAUAAAUGGACAAGGAAAAUGGCUUAAUCCAGCCACUGGUGAAUUUACAAAUACACCACUUGCUGUUAUCAAUGUCGAGCCAGGAGUUAGAUAUCGUUUUCGUAUGAUUAAUACAAUUAGUUGGGAUUGCCCUCUACAAUUAUCGAUCCAAGAUCAUGAUUUGAAAAUCAUUUCAGCUGAUGGCGAAAAUGUUAAACCUGUAGUUGUCAAUACAAUAACUUCUUUUGCAGCUGAGCGUUAUGAUUUUAUUCUCAAUGCUUAUCAAAAACCUGGAAAUUAUUGGAUUCAAGUACGAUUAAUUGGCUUUUGUUUUGACCGAGAAAUAAUACAACUUGGUAUACUUCGCUACAGUGGUUCACAAUUAACAGAGCCAACACUUGCACGACCAACUUAUAAUAAUCCGAUUGCUACUGGAAUUAUAUUUAAUAAUAUCGGUGAAGUUUGUGAUGGAAGCAAUCCUAAAGAAGUUUGUGUUAAAAAUUUAGAAUCAGCUGAUCCGGUUGAUCCACGGAUUCUUGCUGAGAAAACAGAUGUACAAUUUUUUUUGCCAUAUACGUUUUAUCUGUACAAUCAAAGUGAACUUUUUGAACCUGGUACCUACAAAUCUUUCAUGGUUCCAACAGCAGCACCAAUGGGAGUUGUUCCAUUACUUAAUGGAAUAACAAAUCGUCUUGCAACAUCACCUUUGUUAACACAAGCUGAUAAAACCCAUCAAUCACAAGUUUGUAGUGGAACCUCAAAGCUAAAAACGUUGUCAAAUAAUGAAAAUUAUGAAUGCACUCAUGUACUUGAAAUACCUUUGAACUCGUCUGUUGAAAUUAUCAUGUAUGAUGAAGAUCGAACAGCAAAUUUAUCACAUCCUUUUCAUUUACAUGGAUAUGGUUUUCAUGUGAUGGCUCAAGGCUCACAGAAUGAUGUUAAAUUAACACCACAAAAUAUACACAGAGCACUGCAACUUGAUCAACAAAGAUACAAAUUCAAUAGUCGACCUCCAGUGAAGGACACUUUGGCAGUUCCACCAAAUGGAUACACGAUUGUUAGAUUUAUUGCUGAUAAUCCAGGAUAUUGGUUCUACCAUUGUCACAUACUACCACAUUUGAUGAUUGGAAUGUCUCUGGUUAUUCAUGUUGGUACGCCGAGUGAUGUUCCACCUACACCACCUGGUUUUCCAACAUGUGGAAACUUUCAGCCACCAAUUUAA